GUAAACUUUAUUAAAUUCUUUAGUGCUAAUUGUUCAUUUCUAUAUUAUGUCUUCAAAUUAUUUUUAUACUAUCUUACUUAUAUUCCAAUAUAAUUUUCUAGGAUGCAUUGGACGCUAGUGGUGGUUGCGCCAAGGAAAAUUAUCCAUUUAAACCCUGUAAAAGGCCGCCCAAUUCCCGAAGAAAUAGAACAAAUGAUCGGAAGGGCAUUCAUGUAUAUAGGGGACGCACAUCAGUAUCUUGGCCCGUGGCAAGGAAUUUCACAAGCAAACUGUCCAAGACAACCUAAAAGCCAAGAAUGCGGUUUUUAUGUUUUGAAAUAUAUCACUGACAUCGUCGCACGUGCCAACCCCAACCGUUACAUAGAAGAUCAAAAAGCUUUUGGGGGUAAGAAGCAAUACGAUCCAAAAACAGAAUUGUUACCACUACAGCGAAAGUGGAUCGAACAAUUGAUGGCGGUGAUUCACGGUGACGAUUGAGGUUCAAAGGUCGAAGAAUUUUUCUUCAUUAUGUAAUUUUUAUAGAUUAACUUGUAAUUAGAUUUAUUAACUUAUUAAUAUUUUUAACUAAUUUUACAUGUUUGUGUAAUAUUUAAUUAUUUUUAUGAAAUCAAAUUAUAUUUUUACCCAAAUUUAAUUACUAUUUAAUUUAAAAUGUAAUUAAUAUAUAAUUAAAUUAAAUAAAUAUGUAAUUUAAAAUUUAAAUAAAUAUGUAAUUUAAAUUAAAUAUAAUAAUAUAUAAAUUAAUAAAUAUAAAAUUAAAAUUAUAUAAUUAAAUUAAAAAAAAUGAAAAAAACUGAAAUCUGCUCACUUUUGGCGUCGGUUCCUACGCCAUAUAUGGCGUCGGUUAUUGGCUAGGAACCGACGCCAUAUAUACCCCUAUGGCGUCGGUUCCUAGCUAAUAACCGACGCCAUAGGGGUAUAUAUGGCGUCGGUUCGUAUAAACCCUUUAGCGUCGCCCUGAUCAGCGUCGGUAGCGAAUUUCGCGAAAACCGACGCCUAAAGGGCUUAAAAACCGCCUCUAAAGGGUAUUUUUGUAGUAGUGCACUAACUGAUCGGACGAUUCAACAAUUACUGGAGGUUCAUUCGAUUGCAUAAUCAACUCUCCAAGAUCAACCGUCAACACAAAAUUGGCAGAGUUAGAAUCACUAACAACAUCUACAUCAGUCUCAUCUUCGUUGUCAUUAAUGUCCCAAAUUUGUCGAUGGCUAAUAUCUUCAACAACCUUCCAAUCGCGACCUCUGAGUGGAUCUUCAAGAUAGAAAACUUGCUUCGCCUGGUUAGCAAGGAUGUACGGUUCAUCUUGAUACCAAUAUCCACGAGUAUUUAUACUAGUUAUAUUAUUUUCAGUGAUUGUCUUCUUUCUUAAUGGAUUAGUGUUAUACCAUUUACAUUCAAACAAUGACACUGUAUAUGCACCAGUAUAAGACAUAGUGAUUACAUCUUCAAGUGUGCCGUAGUAAUUAAACCC